CUCCACCAACAAAAAAAAAGCAAUAUUAAAUAUCAAAAAACAAAAAAAAAAUAAUAAUAAAUAAAAUUAAAAAUCUCACUUCGAAAUCAUUCAAACUAUUUCACAAGUGUUACAAUUAACUAAUAUUAAUUUCACAAUAUGGACGAUUUCGGAACGUAUCUGAUAUGGAUGUUGAUAAUUAUAUCCGCCUUUGUCAUAAUUCGUGUUUGUUGCACCGCCCUGUGUAAUAUUCCGUCGAAUGAAAAUCCUCCCGGUGGACCGGUAAGGCGUCGUGUUGUCCAGCGAAUACGCAUAGAUCCCCCAGCACCACCACCAACAUCAUCGGCAACAGCUGCAGAUCGUCAGGCCAAUGUAUUUACCGUACAAGAUGAGAACAGUCGAGAGAGUCGUUACAAUGACAUUUUCUUCAUUGAACCCAACAGUGCCGAGGCAGCACGCAUACGGGCACAAUUGGAAAAGGAUGACAAAGACUUGCCCUCCUACGAAGAAGUUAUGCGCAUGACUAGCGUCACGACCCCAACGACAACCAGUGCGGCCGGUGUUACCGGCCUAACAGCCUCAAAUGCCAGUGUCAACACAACCGAGACAAUACUAGCCGUACCACCAUACAGUGAAGUUGAUCCAAUUGCGGCGGCAGCAGCCACUUCAAGUUCAGGAAAUAAUACCAGCUCCAGUGCAUCUGCAGCCAGAACUUCCACAGCACCCCCACCCAUGCCAGCGGCAAUGGUUUCAACAGCCACAGACAUCACACACCAGGCGUCAUCGGUUGUAUGAUGUAGAAGUGGGUUGGGCGGGUGCUAGGCAUACACAGUGUUAGCCUGCCGGGCAGGUUAGCGCCAGUAUGGUGUGUUCAGUGAAGUUCUUAGUCAUUAUUAAAAAAAAACAAGCAACGAUAUUUUGUAUUUUAAAUUCUUUAAAUAAGUUAUAUACGUACUUAAACAAAAACAAUGGGAGUAGAAUCAUUUCCUUCCCACAAAUUCGUGUAAAUAUUGAAAUAUAUAACGAGAAGAGGUAUUUCAGUGUAUUAUUAUUGUAAAUAUUUAGUUAUUGUAUAUUAAAACAAAAUAUAUCUGCCUUAAUCUUAUGUAUAU